AUGAGUUAUCAGAACCUCGAAGGCGGCCAAGGCGGCGGCUACGGCUCCUACAACCCCUACGGCCAGGAGCAGCAGCCCAAUCCGUAUGGCAACCAAGGCUACGGCCAGGCCGGUGCGAUGGAGCAAGGAAACGGAUCCUACGAGAUGGGCUCCUAUGGCCAACAACAACCCGCCGAUCCCACCACCCUGCUGAACAAGUGCCGAGAGAUCAACGAGGGUAUCGCCGACAUCCGAUCCAAGCGUGAGGGCCAGCUGGUCGCUGCCCAGAACGGCAUGCUCGACUCGAGCAACGUCAAGGAGGAUCAGGUUUCCCGUCAGACUCUGGACUACAUCGAGGACGAGAUCAACAAUGGCUUCCGCUACCUGCGUGAUCUGAUGAAGAAGAUCAAGGGCACCCCCGGCUCCGGAGAUAGCCGCGUGCAGACCCAGAUCGACGUCGCCAGCCGUAACCUGCGCCGGGAAAUCGAGCAGUACCAGAAGACCCAGCAGGAAUUCCAGAGGCGCUUGCGCGAGCAAGUGCGCCGACGAUACGAGAUCGCCAACCCGGAGGCUACCCCCGAGGAAUUGGACGCCGGUGUGGAGAAUGUGUUGAUGGGCCAGGAGCAGAUGUUCCAGGUUUCUGGAAGCCGAACUGGACAGGCCAACGACGCCCGCAAGGCCGCCUUGGAGCGAUCGGCCGCCAUCCGGAAGAUUGAGCAGGAUAUGACGGAGCUGGGUCGGUUGUACCAGGAAGUGGCGGAGCUUGUGCACCAGCAGGAGCCGGCCAUCGAGCAGAUCAACCACGACGCCGAAGGCGUUGCCGAGAACGUCGGCCAGGCCAACACCCAGAUCAGCCAUGCCAUUGACAGUGCCCGCCGCGCCAGAAAGUGGAAGUGGUAUGCACUGCUCAUCGUCAUUCUCAUCAUCGCCAUCGUCGUUGGUGUCGCUGUCGGUGUCACCCAAGCCAACAAGUCGUCCUCGUAA